AUAUUAGCUGCGAGGUGGGAGGAGGUGAAGGGACAAGGGAACUCGCUUAGGGAUGGGCGGGCGGAUGGAGGUGGAGGAGGAGAGUAAAGUGAGAAGAGUAAAGUCGGAGGAGUUUCUGGGUGGAGGAGAAGGUUGACUGGGUUGGCAUUACAUAAGGAAUGCCUGCAUGAUCGGCGCCGGGUUGAGGAUGGAGAGGAUUAAGCAGGGAGAAAGUAAGUAGAUAAAAGAUAAAAGUAGAUAAAAGAAGACUCUGAGAAGACUCUCUUUUUACUUUCCUACUUUCUUGCUCUCUUGCUCUUGCUCUUUUCUCUCUUCUCUCUUCUCUCUCUGGCUUCUUCUCUACUUCUGCUCUUCUCGUCUUAAGCUUUACUGUCUGCUUCUGGAAGAGUGGAUCCCUCGGGAGCUCUAGCCAGAAGAGGAAGCAUCUCCUUGUUUGCCAAGACAUGUCGCCAAGCGUGGGGGAAGUCGGAUUAGGAAGGAGGGUAGAAGUAGUCGAAGAGGACGACGAAGAGUAAGAAGAAGAGAAAGAAGAGAAAGAGCAGGAGAAAGAGCAGGAGAAAGAGAAAGAGCAAGAACCGUCUUCUCAAGAAGGAAGGCGUUGAGCAGAUAAGAGCGAGUAGAAGACAAAAAGAGCAAAAGGAGAGGCCGAAGUCGCAGAGAAGACUCGAAGUAGAGACUUCGUUUUCGUAUGCCAGGCAGUAAAUAAGCAAAAGCAAAGUCACGCGAAAAAGCAACCAUGAAAAAGCAAUGCCUUCUUCGAGUAGAGAAGAGUAAAGUCAGAGUCUUCUGCUGUCUCACCCUGUCCUUUGCCCUGUCCCUGCCCUGGCCUGGCCUGCCCGCCCACGACAACGCCUUUCUUCUAGAUCUUCGGGGCGCGCGUUGAUCCCCUUUUGACUUCCGAACCUUCUUCUCCUCUUAGUCUUGACUCUCUUCUACUUCUUCUCUUCGACUUCUUCUCCCCGUCCUUAUAAGCUCUCCCUCGUCGCCCGUCCCGAUACCCAGCAGUCCACCUCACCACCUCUAUAGCCCUCUCUUUCUCUCUCUCUCUCUCUCUCUCUCGCUCUGUCUCUCUCGUCUACUCUCCAGUCUCUCAUUAUGGCAACGGCGCACAUGCAGCGGCCCUACCCGCCCAUCUACCAUCCUGCCUCCUCCGUCGCCCAGCAGGACCAGCAUGGCCGCUCGCUCUACGCCCAACCGCCAGCCCUCGGCAUGUACGCCGCCGCCGCUGCCUACCCCCAGUACUCGCCCAUGAGCUCCCUCCCGCCAUACCAGCAUCACCAGCAGCAGCAGCACCAGCAGCAGCAUCAACAGCAGCAUCAACAGCAGCAUCAACAGCAGCAGCAUCAACAGCAUCAACAGCACCAACAGCAGCAUCCACACCAACAGCACCAGCAACACGCCCAGGGCCCGUCCCAAGUCAGCCCGCGCAUGAAACUCGAGAGCAGGCCGCAGACAUCCUCCUCGCCCACGACAAACUCCGGCGCUGCUCCGGGGCCCAUCCCAGCAACCACGCCGCUCGUCGUCCGGCAAGACACAAACGGCGUCCAGUGGAUCGCCUUCGAGUACUCCCGCGACCGCGUCAAGAUGGAGUACACCAUCCGCUGCGACGUCGAGAACAUUAACAUCGAGACCUUGCCUCAAGACUUCAAGACUGAGAACUGCGUCUACCCGCGCGCCUGCUGCACCAAGGACCAGUACCGCGGCAACAGGCUCGUCUACGAGACAGAGUGCAACGCCGUCGGAUGGGCGCUGGCAGAGCUCAACCCGUGUCUCCGGGGCAAGCGGGGGCUCAUCCAGCGGGCGGUCGACAGUUGGCGCAAUUCGCAUCAGGAUCCGCGGCUGAGGAGUCGGCGAGUCAAGCGCAUGGCGAAAGCGAAUAAUCGCAAGGCGGUGGCCCAGCAUGCAUCGCAUCUCAGCCAGCAUCAGCAGCAGCAGCAGCAGCAUCACCCGCAGCCACCGCAUCAGCAGCAGCAGCCGUUGCCGGGUCUGCCGCCGCAUCAGCCGCAUGAGAGCCAUGCAGAGGACGUCAAUGUCAGCGCCCAGUACCGCCAUCCACAGACAUACACAGAUAGACCAGCCCACGUCUUCAACGGCUCUACAUACCCAUCAUACCCCCCAGCCUCCUCAGCAACCACCGCCACUACAGCCGACAAACGCGCGGCACAAGAAGAUACCCCCAACCCGUCCACGCAGCAACAACAGUUCAAAGACCUCCCCGAAGGCAAACGACGCAAGUUCAUUCUCGUCGAGGAUCCGCAGCGCUCAUGCCGGGUGCGCGUCAAGGUCAUGCUCGACCAGGUCGACAUGAAGGAGAUCCCAGACUCGUAUCGCAAGGCCAACUCGGUGUUUCCGCGCACAUAUGUCCCCGUUCAUUCGCCGUUUGCUCACCAGCGCCGCAAGGGAGAUCGGUUCAUGGACGACGACGACGAAGCGGCGCCCGUAGAGAGGGUUGUUGCUGGCAGUGCCGAUGCUGAGGAAGACGUCACGGCGGGAAAGACGAGUGUGCCCAUGGCUAUGCUGGAGGGAGGAGAAGUGCUGGUCCCGCGGCUGACGAGGGCGAAGAAGCAGAGAGAAGAGCUGCUCAAUGAUAUGGGGUAUCGCAUGAGCUGGGGGCAGAGCAGGGUCUUUGCGGGCAGGAUGCUCUUCUUGCAGCGCUCAAGUAGGUCUUCUUAUCUUCUACUCUAUACUACUCCUAGGGUCUAUGCUAACCUCUGUAGUGGACGCGUAUCGCAAUAAGAUGAGGAACAGCAUGUUGACGGCCGGCCAUGAGACCAGCGAGAUAGCCCCUUACUUUGAGACCCGCGUCGGCAAGAGACGAUGGCUCGAGAGAGGCCGCAAAGCUGACAGUAAAGAAAAGGACUCUACUGCUGCUGCUGCUGCUGCUGCUGCCUCUCCGCCGGCAGUGCUCACGGCUGCCUCCUCCCGGUCCGCUGAGGAGGUCGAGUAGUCUACUUCUAUCCUCUUACGAUGAUGUCUUUCCUACGUCUUCUCUGUCUAUCUUCAUGGCUGUAUGUAUGUAUGCUAAAAGUUGGUUUUGGGCGGUCUCUUCCUCUACUUCUUCUACUUCUUCUUCUACUUCUUAUGAACAUGAUGACCUUCAGGCGUUUUGUUUCAUCUCAAGUCUCAUCUCGUCUCAUCUCGUCUCGUCUCGUCUCGUCUCAUCGCGGUGAUCACGAUCUUCGCCACUCGGCGUCUGACCC